GACUAACAUGAGCAAACUGUCGUUCCGGGCCCGGGCGCUGGACGCGUCUAAGCCGCUUCCCGUCUUCCGCUGCGAGGACUUGCCCGACCUGGCCGAGUAUGCCUCGAUCAACCGGGCCGUGCCGCAGAUGCCCACGGGCAUGGAGAAGGAAGAGGAGUCGGAACAUCAUCUCCAGCGGGCCAUUUCAGCACAGCAAGUAUAUGGAGAGAAACGGGAUAAUAUGGUUAUACCAGUCCCAGAAGCAGAAAGUAAUAUUGCCUAUUAUGAAUCAAUAUAUCCUGGAGAAUUUAAAAUGCCAAAGCAGCUUAUUCACAUACAGCCUUUUAGUUUGGAUGCUGAGCAACCGGAUUAUGAUUUGGAUUCAGAAGAUGAGGCCUUUGUGAAUAAGCUGAAGAAAAGAAUAGAUAUUUUUCCUUUGCAAUUUGAAGAAAUGAUAGAUAGACUUGAAAAAGGAAGUGGUCAGCAGCCAGUCAGCCUGCAGGAAGCCAAACUACUCUUGAAGGAAGAUGAUGAAUUGAUUAGAGAAGUGUACGAAUAUUGGAUUAAAAAGAGAAAAAACUCCCGAGGCCCCUCUCUUAUCUCAGCAGUGAAACAGGAGAAACGUGAUGGGUCCAGCACAAAUGAUCCUUAUGUUGCAUUUAGAAGGCGAACAGAAAAGAUGCAGACUCGAAAAAAUCGAAAGAAUGAUGAAGCUUCUUAUGAAAAAAUGCUUAAACUGAGGCGGGAUCUGAGUCGUGCAGUAACAAUUCUAGAGAUGAUAAAGAGAAGGGAAAAAAGCAAGAGAGAAUUGCUGCAUUUAACAUUGGAAAUUAUGGAAAAGAGAUAUAAGUUGGGUGAUUAUAAUGGAGAGAUCAUGUCUGAAGUAAUGGUACAUCGACAGCCUAUGAAGCCUACCUAUACAAUUCCUGUUGGAAUAGUUCCUAAUAGCACUCAGUUUAAACAUCAGGAAAAUAUGGAAUUGAAAGAAUUUAAAAUAAACAAGCAAGAGAAAGCCGAUGCUAUACGGCCGAAGAGAAAAUAUGAGAAGAAGCCUAAAAUUGUACCUUCAUCGGCUGCUAAUGCUUCUCAGCAGACAAUUCCUGCUUCACUGCCAAUCUUUAAUGCUAAAGAUAUGAAUCAGUAUGACUUUCCCAGCUCUGAUGAAGAUCCUCUUUCUCAAGUCUUUUCUGGUUCUUCUGAAGCUGAGGAAGAAAAUGAUCCUGAUGGGCCAUUUGCUUUCCGUAGGAAAGCAGGCUGUCAGUAUUAUGCUCCUUGUUUAGACCAAACUGGUGACUGGCCUUGGAGUACUCCUAAAGGGGGAACGUUAGGAGAUGAGCGUUAUAGAUAUUGCUUAACCACCCUUACUAGGCCGCAAAGGUGCAUUGGGUUUUCACGUAGACGGGUUGGACGUGGUGGAAGGGUGCUCCUGGACCGAGCAUAUUCAGAGAAAAACAGUGCAUUCUGUCAGCUGGAUUCAGAAACACUUUCCUCACACUCUUCAGUCAAUCAAAUUGCCAAUACCUCAGAAACAAAUACCUCGGACAGAUAUUUAUCUAAAGACCUCAGUCAGAUACUAGUCAAUAUCAAAUCACGUAGAUGGCGUCAUUUUAGGCCUCGGACACCAACCCUACAUGACAGUGAUAAUGAUGAACUUUCAUAUAGGAAAUUGCACAAGAGUGUUAAUCGAGCAGGCACAGCACAACCUGGGACCCAGAUAUGCAGUACCUCUAUUCAAAGUAAAGAUACCAGUGGUGCAGCACACUUUGCAUUUACAGCCGAACAAUACCAGCAUCAUCAACAGCAACUGGCACUAAUGCAGAAACAGCAGCUUGCACAAAUUCAUCAACAGAAAGCAAAUAGUAAUUCUACGAACGCUUCACAGGGUUUUAGUUCCAAGACAUUGGAUUCUGUCAGUGCUCAGUUUGCUGCUUCAGCCUUGGUUACAUCAGAACAGCUCAUGGGAUUCAAAAUGAAGGAUGAUGUGGUGCUUGGAAUUGGGGUGAAUGGCAUCCUUCAAGCCUCAGGAGUAUAUAAGGGCUUACACUUCAGUAAUACUACGCCUACAGCACUUGUACAUACAAGCUCAUCAACAGCAGGUUCAGCCUUGUUACAGCCUUCAAAUAUAACACAGACUUCAAGUUCCCCCAGUGCACUGAGUCACCAAUUAACUGCUGCCAAUUCUCCAACAACUCAGGUUCUGUUUGGGAACAACAUUAGAUUAAGUGUACCCUCAUCUGUUGCCACUGCAAACUCUAUUAAUACGCUCAAUGCACGGCACAUACCUAGGACUCUAAAUGCUGUUCCAUCAUCUGCCUUAAAGCUGGCUGCAGCAAACUGUCAGGUGCCCAAGGUGCCAGCCUCAUCCUCUGUGGACACAAUACCAAGGGAAAACCAUGAAACAGAAAAGUCAGCACUGAACAAUAUAGCAGACAAUACAGUAGCAAUGGAGGUGACGUAGUUUCUGUAGUAACGAAACUUCAAUCUUUGGGAACUUGUUUAGGUGCUAUGCAUCAGUAGCAAUUUGAAUGCAAGGGAUGAUGGAAUGCAGCAUAUUGUAUUUCCAUGGCAGCUGUGGGGACUUGACAGCAAUGCACAUCUCUCAUGCGUUGGUUUUUCUAUUCUUACUGUUAAUAGGAAAAAAUCAAUACCUGUAAAUUAAGAUGACAGCAAUUAUCUGUACAAUACUGCGUAUUUGUAAUACCCUUGUAUAUAUGUUACUUGAAUACAGAACCAUUCAUUUGUGAUGCUUUGCACUUGGGGCAGGGGGGAGGGAGAAUUGCAACAAAGUAAGAGUGUAAGAAGUGAGAUUGUAUAAAGAUGAAGUGUCAUGACAUCAUGUGCAUGGUGCGGAACCUGCUGUUUUAUCUAUUUAUUGUGCUGUGUUUACAGUUUUUGUACACUGUACCUUCAUUGGUUCCUGUGCUGUAGUAAAUGUGUUAGGUA